CGUGGCUAGAAAUGCCUACCAGCGGGCGGAUAUUAGCCCUUCUGUCGAUGGUGGUGGUGUUGGUGCCGCUGGUGGAUGCUUUUGCCUUGGGCUCUUCGGCGGGGUGGCACACGCACGCAGUUGCAAGACCAGCGACCAGAUCUACGAGAUCUCUGACGACGAUGAUGAUGGCGAAAAAGAACCGGAGAGAACGACGAUACGCCGAGGCGAAGAACAAGAAGUCCUCGGGUUCCAAGCAACAACCGUCGGGGGCAACGUCUAACGCGAAGUGGCUGCAGGUUCUCGACAGCACCUCCGAGCUGGAGCCCGGCAGUGUGAAGGUUGUGUCAGGAAAAUACAAGGGCGAGGACAGAGUGUUCACCCUUGCCGCCUACGGCGGGACGUACUACGCGGUCAGCGAAGCCUGCGGGCGCUGCAAGUUUCCGUUGAUCAACGGCAAGGUGAAGCUGUUGACGGGGGGGGGGAAGGCGGAGGACGUGAAGCCGGGGGUGGAGCAGGACCCAGAGGCGGAAAUUGCGAUCGCGUGCCCCCUGUGCGGAGCGAUGUUCAACUUGAGAACAGGCGAGAUCGCCGGCGAACAGCCCAAGGGCCUGGCGCAGGUGCUGGUGUCCAAGGUCGUGUCCCAGACCCCGGCAGAGAGCAUCACCACGCACCAAGCGCAAGUCUUGUCAACGGGAGCUGUCGUUGUGCGCGUGGACUAACUACCACAGGACCACGAUUGUAUCGUGUUAGGGGUGUUUUAUUUCACCUUGGCCACCCGAAACACGCCGACCACCAACCACCUUGGCCACCGAAAGGCCGUGCAUUGAUCCGGGGCGGACAACUAUAUCACAUGUUUUUACUAUUAGGGGAAAUGGCCUACCCAAGGACAGGACUCAGAACGUUUGGUAAUGACCGACAAAUUAUUAGGGUCUGUCGAGGGAGAUACGGCGGAACAACAAUGAUGUAGACGUAGCUCCCCCCUUCACGGGUGUAAGCUGUCCGCCUGAAAACUUCAGGGGCGGCAAAGUUCAGCUUAGGCACUUUUGUGACGGCGUGUUGAUGAGGAUUGAAUAACAGGAGGAGGGUUCGAUAGAAGAGUGUAGAGAGGGGUUCUUGUCAAGAGGUUUCUCUACUCAAGAAUGCCA